AUUGCACCAGAAGUUUUAAGAGGACAAAAUUAUACUAAAGCAGCUGAUGUUUAUAGUUUUGGUAUUAUUAUGUACGAAGUAAUUUCUGGAUUACCUCCAUAUCAUGAUGUAAGACAUGAUAGUAAUUUGGCAAUGAAAAUUUGUUUAGGAUUAAGACCGAGGUUCGAUAUUAAAGUACCUCAAUUAAUUGUGCAUUUGAUAAAAAGAUGUUUGGAUGCAAAUUUAUUAAAUCGACCAAAAAUGGGAGAAGCUGAAUUCAUUUUAUAUAAGUGGUGGAAUUGGUUUGACAAUCAAAUCGAAUUAAAAAACCAAAUUAAAGAAGCGGAAGAAAUCAACAAUAAUUUAUCAUUUAAUAGUACUUUAACACCAACUAGUUUAGCUUUAUCAUAUGAAACACAUUCAGAAGCUAUUUAUACGAGUAGAUUACUUAAUUUUAAUGAUCUUCCUGAACCGAAAAAUUCUGAUGAUUAUUACAUUCAAAAUGAUAAUAUAAUAAGCAAGGAAUAUUCAGAAACUUUAAACAUCGAACUUUCUCAAUUAAUAAUAAAAGCAAUAUUAUGAACUUGAUGUGUUUAAUUUUUUUCGUU